AUGUUGUCUAAGGAUACAUCGGAAUGGAGUUGGCGGGAAAUAAUAAAGAUAUUGGAAAGUGAUAAGAAUGCAUUGAAAGAUGAUACAUGGGGUCACAGGAACACACUGCUUCACAUGGUGGUUGAAAAGGGUCAAAACGAUAUAGUCGAAGAGUUGUUACUGUUUAUGAAAAAAAAGGAAGAAGAAAAAGAAAUACUUGAACAGAAAAAUGCGGAUGGAAGCACGGCCCUUCACGUUGCGGUAAGUGUUGGUAACAAACAUGCAAUGAAGCUGUUGGUUGAUCAGCACAAGGACCUAUUGACAAUUAGAGACAAAAAUGACCAAGACCCAUUGAUUAAAGCUUUUAACAAUAUGCAAUUUGAUACCUUUGCAUAUUUGUUCAAAGUCGCCGUCGAUAAUGACAAAGCCAAGCAGCUGGUCAUUUCUCAAGGCUCCAAAAAGGGAGCCAGCCUUCUUGUCAAUGCCAUUACUGCAAAACAAUACAGUGAGUGA